AUGCUGCUGGGGCUGCUGCCUCUGAUGCUUUUUUAUACUUAUGCCCUAAAUCUGGAUAAACACAACCCACAGAUCUUUUAUGGACCUAAAGGAAGCUACUUUGGAUUUUCCUUUGACUUCUACCAAACUGCAGACAAACGGAUGAACAUUAUUGUUGGUGCUCCAAGGUUGAACUCAUCAGAGGCCAAUGUCAGUAACACUGGAGGAGUGUUCCUGUGCCCAUGGGGGGCAGUGGUCACAAACUGCUCCAUUAUACCCUUUGAUCAAACAGGUGACCAGAGAGAAACUAAAGAUGGGAUAAUGAGCAUCGAUAAGUCUGAUCAAUGGUUUGGAGCAACCGUUAGAGUCUGGAACACCAGUAUUGUGGUCUGUGCUCCAUUCCAGCGUUACAAUUUUGUAAACCGCAAUGAUAUCUCCGAUGAAUCAGGGAAGACACCUACUGGGGCCUGUUACUUCACUGGUGACCUUAAGAACUUCCAUGAAUUUGCUCCUUGCCGUGACACCAAGACCGAAAGAUAUCACUUCUUUGAGGACUCAAAUAACCGGUUCUGUGAGCUGGGAUUUAGCACAGAUAUAAGCAAGAAGGGUGUACUGCUAGCAGGAGCUCCCGGAGGCUACUAUUUCGAAGGACUAUAUGCAGGAAUACCUCUCUCCCAUAUCCCACAAGCCUCUAAUUUCAUUAUACAGAAGUAUCCCAACUUGCAAAUGUCCAGAGAAAUAUUUGUGAAUGACUCCUACAGAGGUUUUGCAGUAGCUUAUGGUGAAUUUACAGAGGACAAUGUUCCAGAAGUCAUCGUCAGUUCUCCAAACUUUGAAAACAAGGGAUUGGUGGAAAUAUACAGCGGGUACUUUAGACUGUUCAGAAUCCAGGGAAAUCAGAUUGCUGCUUUUUUUGGUCACUCGGUGGCUGUCACUGACAUUAAUGGUGACAACCUCGAUGAUCUUCUGGUGGGAGCUCCUCUUUUCAUUGAACGCAAGGCAGGUGGAAAGCUCCUGGAAGUUGGGCAAGUCUACGUUUAUAAACAGAACAGCCCCACAAUUCUUGAGAAAGACCCGCAGAUCCUCAGCGGGACAUACGUUUAUGGACAGUUUGGUGCAUCCAUUGCUCCCCUAGGAGACCUGGAUCAAGAUGGAUACAAUGAUGUAGCUGUAGGCUCUCCUUUUGGAGGUCAAUCUGGAGUGGGCUGUGUAUACAUAUACAAGGGGGAGAAAUCUGGUUUGUCUGCACAACCAUCGCAGAUCCUGGAAAGCCCACCAGAGACCCCAUCCAUGUUUGGCUUUGCACUGCGAGGAGGGGAAGACAUUGAUCAGAAUGGAUAUCCAGAUCUAAUUGUUGGAGCAUUUGAUGCUGACGCAGUCUAUGUGUACAGGGCCCACCCAGUACUUAUUCUCCAUACCUCCAUGAUAUUUUCACCAGACUCCCUGAACCCGGAUCUGAAGCUCUGUAAACUGCCUAAUGGAGGGGAUGUCACUUGUUUCACUAUGAGUGUUUGCAUCCAGGCUUUGGGGAAAAGUCUUCCUGAGAUACUGACUUUUACGAUGGACAUGCAGCUGGAUAGUCAAAAAAGCAGAUUUCUGCGCAGAUCCCUCUUCUUUCACCUCUCCCAAUCAAACGAUACAAUCACUAUGGCUGUUCAAAGCAACUCACAACUGACCUGCACGAACACUACGGCAUAUUUAAAGGAGGAUUCUGAGUUUAAAGAUAAGCUGAGCCCCAUAGCUGUAAGUGUAAAUGUCAGCCUGGAGACUGAACAAUCAUCAAGCGUUUUACCACCCGUAAUACAAGGAAACACCUUCCUGCAGCAACAGAUUCAUAUUUUGUUAGGUUGUGGAGAAAACAACAUCUGUGUCCCUCACCUACAGCUGAGUGCCAGCUGGGGUAAAGAACCGCUCAUCAUUGGAAUCGAUAAUUUUGUACAAAUUGACUUCAAUGCUACCAAUUUAGGAGAACGGGCCUAUGAAGCAGAGCUACAUGCCUGGCUCCCCUCUGGGGCUCAUUACAUGCAUGUCUUGGGAGAAAGUAAGGAGAGGAUUCUGUGCAGUCCAAGAAAAGAAAAUGACAAUGAGCAUGUGGUGUGCGAGUUGGGGAAUCCUAUGAAGAAUGGCACACAGAUCCGUGCAGGGCUACAGCUGAGCAUCAGUGACCUGGAGGACAGCGAGGGAUACUUCUCAUUCCCAAUGCAGAUAAAAAGCCGCAACAGUCAUAAUUCCAGCAGUCCAAUUGUCUUGGUACAUUUCAAUGUGACCGUCGAGGUGUCAGCAGAGCUCCGUGGGAGCGCCCAACCAGCUGAGGUGGUUCUGCCAUUACCUAAGUGGAAACCACGAGAAGAGUCCAGUAAACCGGAGGACAAGGGGAAGAUAGUGACUCAUGUCUAUGAGCUUUACAAUAUUGGACCAGGCACGCUCAACGUCAAGUUAAUUGUUCAAAGCCCAGAAAAUUAUGAAGGUGAUAUCUUCCUGUACCCAUUACGUCUGAAGACUGAUGACAUUGUGGAAUGUACUGAUGUCCCCAGCGUUAAUUAUUUACAGCUGGAUAUCACAGAGGCCACUAAACCACCUGUAAGUUUCAGCAAAUCAGAUGGCCGAAGACUAAAUAAGCGAGAAGAACCAAAUAAGGACCAGGAUGUUGGUAACGCGGGAAGUGACAACAGUAUCAGCUCAGGAGAUGGGGCUCGAUACAACCAAUCCAUUACACUGGCAGACUCAUCAGAUUUUACUAAUGAAAAUAAUUUAUUGCAGAACUGUACCAAUGCUUACUGCUGGGAAAUGGAGUGCUCUAUUCAGGACAUUGCCAAAGGACAAAGAGCAACUGUGAAACUUGAGUCCAUACUAUGGGUGUCCAGCUUCAUGAAAAGACCCCAGAAGUCAUUCAUUCUGCGCUCCCGAGGUUACUUCCUUGUGACUGGCUCCUCCUACAGGAUCCAGCCUGUCACUUUGCUGGCUGCAGAAACACAUGCCGAGACAGUGGUUCAGUGGGUGACUCCGGACGGCCAGAAAGACAUUCCUGUGCGGUGGAUAAUCCUGGGAGUCUUUGGGGGGCUGCUAAUCUUGGCAUUGUUUGUAUACGCUAUGUGGAAGCUUGGAUUCUUCAGGAGGACGAGACCACCGACAGACGAGGGGGAAGAGUUGACGGCGGACAAAUAA